AUGCUACUUAGACUAUUGCUAUGCGCCCUGCUGGCGUACGCCCCCUUGGUGGAAUCCCUGGAGUUCACCGUCAUAAACACACCCAUGGGUCAAGUCAAAGGAGCUGAGGUCAGGGCCAGCAACAACAAAACGUACUGGUCAUUCCGUGGUGUACCCUACGCCAAGCCUCCAGUUGGACCACUCCGUUUUGCUAAGCCUGAGCCACUCCAACACCGAGACGGCAUAUUUGACGCCACGGUUCCAGGAUAUUCUUGUGUCCAAGAUAAUUUUUUCCUCCUACCCGGUGAAAAAGUUUCCGAAGACUGCCUCAGCCUGAGCAUUUAUGUCAAGGACUUCCGUGUGAAUCGUAACUCGGCUAAGAAAGUUGUGGUUUGGUUUCACGGUGGGGCCUUCCUGUUUGGCUCGGCUUCCGUUUAUGACGCCGGAUCUUUCGUCACCGAUUAUGACGUCAUAUUGGUCUCUGUUCAAUAUCGGUUGGGCGUCCUGGGAUUUCUGAGCUCCGAAAAUGAUGCCAGCCCCGGAAAUUACGGUUUGUGGGAUCAAGCACUCGCGGUGCGCUGGGUCAAAAGUCACAUCGCUUGGUUCGGCGGAGACCCGGAUGAUAUUGCUCUUGCAGGAGAGUCUGCUGGUGCUGCGUCAGUGUUGUUGCUGUCGCUGAGUCCAACAACGAAAGGGUUGUUCACCAAGGUCUACGCCCACAGCGGAACGCCCACCGGGCUUUUCGCACGUUAUCACGGCGCAAAAUCCGAUGCGAUUCUACUCGCUAAAGAAAUGAACUGUACGAGUGGACCCUCGCGAGCGGAAUUUAUCUUUGACCAAUCUGUCGUGAACUGCCUGAGAUCAAAAUCUUUAUCUCAACUCGCAAGACCUUUAUCCUUUGACGUGACAAGAGCUGUUUACGUUCCAGUAGUUGACGGUUCCUUUCUCCCCAAACCUCCCUCUGAGCUGCUGAAUGACACCCACUACCUAGAAACCAUCGGGUUCUACUCUCGCAAAUAUUUCAUCGUUUUAAACAACAACGAGCAAUCCGCCAUCGACGCCCGAUUCCUUCCAUAUAAAUCCAUCUUCUACGCCACCAGCAACGGCUCGGACGCCGACAAAGACGCCCUGUGGUACCAGUUUAAAAAGUCCCUGGCCAGGUCCAACAUUGCCCAGCGAUAUGAAGUCCCCGACGUCCCGACCCCAGUUGUGAAAAUGGUAACUGACUGGUACGAGGACAGACACAUCGGCGACACCGCCUACCAGCAGCUUCUGACGGACUUACACUUCAGUAUGCCAGCGUUCGACGUCCUGGAUGCCAUCACCCAAAGCAAGAACACGCACGUUUGGCUGAUGUACUUCAACUGCUACCCCCACUUCAUGCAGGGCCCGUACCGGGGAAUGAUUCACAGCCUGGACCUCUGCUUCUGGUUUGAUUUCCCCCUGCCACUGAUCGAUAAAUAUCUAAGCGCCGGAGCCACGGGAAGUUAUGACCAGCGGGACAGGCAAAUCAAGAGAAACUUCUCCACCAUUCUUGCUGAGUUUGUGAAAAAUGGUACCACUGCAGCUGCGAUCUCUAGAACUAUCCCAACUGGUUGGCCUGAGUAUGACAACGUUGGACAAUACUAUUUAGACUUCAACCAAAGCCCGUCCAUUCGAAGAAAUCUAUUGAGAGAACAGCGACAGCUAUGGGGAAUGGUGCCUCCAAUGAUAUCAAAUGAUUGUCUAUCCGCAGAAAUGCUUGCAGCAUUGUGUUACGUGCUGGUCGGGUUGUCAACGAUUGCGGACUCCGCCACCCUGAUAGUAGAUACACCCUUGGGGAAGAUCCGGGGAUUGGAGGUGACAGCCAACAACAGCAAGACCUACUGGUCCUUCCGUGGAAUUCCCUACGCCAAACCUCCGCUUGGAGACCUUCGCUUCGCUAAACCCGAGGCUUUGCCAUACCAAGGCGGAGUUAUUGACGGUACAGCCUUUGGGAAAUCUUGCAUCCAAUCCCCUUUUCUGUUGCUUCCAAACGCGGUCACGUCAGAGGACUGUCUCAUCCUUAACGUAUACACCAAAGAUGUGGACUUGAACAACACCAAGAAGGUCCUCGUCUGGAUACAUGGAGGAAGUUUCUUGUUCGGCUCAUCCCAAAUUUUCGACGCAGGCUCUCUCGUCACAGAUCAUGACGUCAUUGUCGUAACACUCAACUACCGGUUGGGGCUUCUGGGAUUUUUCAGCACGGAAGACGACGCCAGUCCUGGGAAUAACGGGCUGUGGGAUCAGGCCCUGGCAAUCAAAUGGGUCAAGUUUAACAUCGGAGCUUUCGGCGGUGACCCAGAUGAUAUCACGAUCUCAGGUGAAUCGGCAGGAGGUGGGUCUGUUUCCCUGCUGUCCCUCAGCCCAGUGACGAAAGGUUUGUUCACCAAAGCCUACUCCCAGAGUGGAGCUGCGAAUUCUUUGUUCGCGAAAUACAGCAACCCAAGAUCCGCGGCCCUGGAAAUCGCUAAAUCGUUUAAUUGCUCAGAUGGUCACGAGAUUAAAGGGAACACAACUGCCUCCAAGUUGAUAAUAGAUUGCCUCCGCACAAUACCGGCCGAUGCUUUUGUCCCAGUCAAUUAUUUCGACGGAGAUCGUACAACAGUGACUCCGAGAGCAGACGGUGAAUUCCUGCCAAGACUCCUGAAAGAUACACUUUACCUGGAACAGAUUGGCUUCUACAACAGGACCUACCUUGUCGGUCUCAACAACAACGAAAAAACUUUUGCAGAUCCAUUCUACCACGGAACGAAGCAAGCAAUCUUUGCCAAUAAUCUUCUGAGUGAUUCGGAGAAAGAAACACUUUGGCAAGACUUUCGAAAGAAAACGUACUCAACCAGCGUCUCGGAUAGUUUAGAACUCGGAACCCUUCCAAAUCAGGUCUUGCAGACCGUGAUUGACUGGUAUGAAGAGAGAAACGUUGGCGACUCGGCAGUGCCUGUGAUGGUGACUGACCUUCAGUUCUACAUCCCGACCUUCCAGGUCUUGAACGCCAUCGCUAGGAGCAAGACAACGGACGCGUGGCUGCUAUAUUUUAACUACUACCCCCACUACAUGAGGGGGGACGCCAGGGGGAUGGCGCACGGCCUGGACCUCCCCUACUUGUUUGACGUGUCAUUAGACCUGAUCAAAGACCUGUUCAUCCCCGGGGUCACGGGUGACUAUGAUGACCAGGAUAUCAGUGUCAAGGAGAGGUUUUUGGCCAUCGUUGCAAGCUUUGUAAAAACUGGAAACCCAAGUCUGGCCUUACGUGACAUCAUCCCCACUGGAUGGCCGACCUAUGACCUUCUCGAUGCUCAGUAUCUGGACUUCAACCAGAGCCCAACAGUGCAGACACAUCUAAUGAGAGAACAACGGGAACUCUGGGAAAAAACGGUCGCCUCACUUGUAGCCAGAUCACAACAUGGCACUCCUAAUCACAGCGAUCCUUGCAGUUAAUGUUAACUUUGUUAUUUUAAUGCAAAUGCUUUAAAUUCUAUAAAUAUUUAUAGCGCUUUGUUUGAGUUAUAUAUUAUUUGAAUGGCACAUACGAUUUAACUAGAGAAUAAAUUAAAGAGUACUCUGUAGAAUCAAUAAUUUUUGUACGAAUUGAAAUCAGUCAGUUUUCUUAUAAAAUGGAUGUAUCUAGACUGCUAGAAGCCAUUGUAUGUAAUUUUUACAAUCAAAGUAAAUUAAAAAUUAAAGCAAGCUAUUUAAAAAGUCUGUAAGCUGCAUCGCAUAGUUUCUUACAGUGGGUGAUUUAUUUUAUACUUAUUUCAAUCAUGCUUUUAAAUAAACAGUUUUCA